UGAAGCUUCAGAUACUGGCGGUGGAGCUCAGAGGAGCCUUCUCACAGCGCCUGCCUGCCGUCAUGAAAGGAACAGGAGUCACCGAUGGUGCCCCCAAGACACUCCUGGCCAGGGCACUUUAUGACAACUGCCCCGACUGCUCCGACGAGCUGGCUUUCUGCAGAGGGGACAUCCUGACCAUUCUGGAGCAAAGUGUGCCAGAAAGUGAAGGCUGGUGGAAAUGUUUGCUCCAUGGGAAGCAAGGCCUGGCCCCUGCCAACCGCCUCCAGAUCCUCACAGAGGUUGCCACAGACAGGCCCUGCCCUGUGUUCCUGCGAGGCCUGGGAGAAGCUCUUGCCUGCUCAGAGGAGAUCUACCAGGUGCCCACUCUGCUCCACCCUCCUCCACUAGGCCCUGUCUAUGAGCAGAUGAAGAGUUGGGUAGAGGGACCCACGCCCCCCAUUGCCCAAGUCUAUGAAUUUCCUGACCCACCCACCAGUGCCAGAAUCAUCUGUGAGAAGACUCUAAGCUUUCCAAAGCAGGCCCUCUUCAUGCUCCCCAGACCUGGGCGGGCCUCGCUGCCAACUCUGCCUCCCCAAGUGUAUGAUGUGCCUACCCAGAGCCGGGUCCCCUCAGCCCUCAAGGAGUCAGAGAAGCAGCAGCUAUACGACAUACCGGCCAGCCCCCACAAGGCAGCCCUCUGUCCCCCCGCCAGCCAAGCCAGUGAGCAGGGUGCUCUUACACCAAUGACUGCCGUCAAGAGGAAAGGCUACCACACCUUACCAAAUCCUCAGAAGCCAGACUGGAUUUAUGACACUCCAGUGUCUCUGGGAAAGACCAAUGUCAGAAAUACAUCUCCAGCCGGCUCUGCAGAAGAAUCGGGGCCCGACGCUCCUCGUUCUGGCUCCACUUUCUGCAAUCCUCCCAGUAGCAGAGUCGGGAUCUUCACUCCACAGCUGAAUGUGCCCAGGCAGAAAAAAUACAGUCUUCCAGAAAUCCAUUCUCAUGGCUCUCCAGCACCCAAGGACUCAUUCCCUUUGGAGGAAGGUGUCAGCUACAAGGUUCCGUCCAGCUUUCUGACCCCCCGGGUGGAACAGCAGAACACAAAGCCCAAUAUUUAUGACACCCCUAAAGCGAUGAUGAGUAUCCCUCACGCUGGGAAGGAGCUGGGAAAAGCCGAUGAGGCCCCAGAGACUUCCACAGGCCCAAACACCCCAUGGUUCUGCAGACCCACAACCUUCCUGUCACGUGACAGAUUAUUGGCCACCAGUCCCGACAGAGCUAGUGUGGUGUCUUCCUGCUCCUCCAUGUCCACGGACUCCUCCUGCAGCUCUUCCUCAGAGGAGUCAGCAAAGGAGCUCUCCUUGGACCUGGACUUGGCCAAGGGGACGGUGAGGGCUCUGCAGCACAAGGUGGUCAGCUCUGCAGCGGACCUGCUGCUCUUUGUAAGCAGGAAGUGGAGGCUCCGGGACCAUCUGGAGGCCAAUGUGAACGCAAUCCGCAGGGCUGCCGAUCACAUAGAAGAGUCUGUAAGAGAAUUUCUGGAUUUUGCCCACGGAGUCUGUGGGACAGCCAGUAAGCUCACCGACAGCAACUUUCAGGCCAGAAUCAGGGAUCAGCUACAGACAAUCUCCAACUCCUACCAGACCCUCCUGGAAACAAAGGAGAGCCUGGAUGACUGCAAUUGGGCCCUGGAAGUCCUUGUGACUGACAAAGUCCAAACCAGCCCGGAUGACCUUGAGAGGUUUGUCAUGGUGGCACGGACCAUUCCAGAAGACAUCAAGAGGUUUGCCUCUAUUCUUAUUGCCAAUGGGAGGCUCCUUUUUAAACAGAACUGUGAAAAGGAAGAGACAGUGCAACCGACCCCAAAUGCAGAAUUUAGGGGUGCAAAAAGCAUCCAGCCUCCCCAAAGAGAAAUCGAAUCAUACCAAAGGAAGACUCCUUUUACUAAGCAGAGGGAAAAUGAACACUCCCCGGGACUGUUAAAGAAAUCUAGGACAAACACUUGUGAACAGAAUCCUCUCUCUCUGACACCCCAGCCUUCGAGUCAGCAGACUCCCCAGAAGAAGAUCCACCUUUCUGAACACUGCCGGCUCUAUUUCGGGGCGCUCUUCAAGGCAAUCAGCGUCUUCAGCAGCAGCCUCAGCAACGGCCAGCCCCCGGAGACCUUCAUCGCGCAGAGCAAGCUGGUCAUCAUGGUGGGGCAGAAGCUGGUGGACACGCUGUGCAAGGAGACGCAGGAGAGGGACGUGCGGAACGAGGUGCUCUGCAGCAGCAGCCACCUGUGCGGCCUGCUCAGGGACCUGGCGCUGGCCACCAAGACCGCGGUGCUCACCUACCCGAGCCCUGCCGCCCUGGAGCGCCUACAGGCCGAGGCUGAGAGGCUGGAGCAGCACACGCGGCAAUUCAGAGCGACGCUGGAAUGA